AUGUGUGUGAUGGUCAUUAAGCGCGGCAUUCCAGAAGUCUAUAGAGGUACGGUAUCUGAAGAAAUUACAAGUGCUAAAGAUUUCCUUGCUGAUAUUGAAAAGCGCUUUCUGAAAAGCGAAAAGGCGGAAGCAAGUGCACUUCUUCAAAGCUUGACUUUCAUGAGGUAUCAAGGCAAUGGAAAUGUGAGAGAGUACAUUAUGGAAAUGUCUAAUAUUGCUUCAAAACUUAAGGCCUUGAAACUUGAGUUGCAAGAAGACUUGCUUGUACAUUUUAUUUUGAACUCUCUUCCUAUACAGUUUGGACAGUUUAAGAUUUCCUAUAACUGA